AUGUCCUUCCAGGACCACGGCAAGAGAAACAUCUUUGAUUUCUUCGACCGAAUUUCCAAGCACCAAGCCAAAACUCCCAACUACUCACAAGAUGGCAAAUGUGGACCAAACAAUGGCAACCUUCUGUGUGACCCUAACAGCACAGUAUACAAGGGAACGUGCUGUUCUUCAUAUGGAUGGUGUGGUGACACCCCUGCUCAUUGCGGAAGGGGUUGCUCUUCUGGCUGUUCGAGCUCAGCAGUUUCAGCCUCUUCUCUUCCAAGUUCAACAAUUGUUAGAGCAGCACCUUCUGCCUCUGGUGCUGCUCCUCGUGAUGAUGGAAGGUGCGGUCCAAACUACAACAAUGCAUUGUGUGAUCCCAAAGGCCCUUAUGGAGGCUGUUGCUCCUCUUAUGGAUACUGUGGUAACACUGAUGGUCAUUGCUUAACUGCCAACGGAUGUAUCUCUGGUUGCAAAAGUGCGGCUUCGUCAAGUGCAGCGGCUCCAACUUCUACAGUUGUGUCAUCGGUUGCUUCUUCCAACGCUAACUCAGCUGCUGCGUCAAGCACGACUGGCGAGCCAGUCAUAUCAGCAGCAAGUUCUUCGGCCGGCAGCGCCGCAACAGGUACAGUAACCAAGGACGGAACAUGCGGUGCUACAUACGGCAAUACCAUCUGUGGUGAUUGGCCUCAAGGCAGUUGCUGCUCUAUGUAUGGAUACUGCGGAAACACCACUGCUCACUGUGGCGAUGGAUGUCAAAGUGGACCUUGCUUGAACGGUGCCGUCGUUCCAGCCCCUGGACCCAGUCCUGCGCCGGUUAAUGCUAAUCCUGGUUCCUUCGAUAUCGUCGGCGAGUCUGGUGCUCCUGCCAUGCAUGCUGGGCUCCUUCCCAACGGUAGGGUGGUCUUUCUUGACAAAGUUGAGAACUACACGCAAGUCAAGCUCUCCAAUGGCCAGUACGCAUAUUCGACUGAGUACGACCCUGCUACUAACAAGUACACUCCUUUGGCCUACAAGACUAAUGCCUUCUGUGCUGGUGGUUCUUUUCUCGCCAACGGACAGUUCAUAUCUCUCGGUGGCAACGGUCCUCUCGACUUCAUCGACCCGACCGUGGGAGAUGGUUUCGACGGCAUCCGUUACCUGACUCGCUCUUCCUCUGACGCUUCCUUGGAUGGGCAAGAUUGGAGUGAGCCAGGCAACAAACUUAGCAGCAAGCGAUGGUACCCUUCAGUACAGACUCUCCCUGAUGGCAGACUCUUUGUUGCUUCUGGGUCUUUGAACGGACUCGACCCUACAGUGCCUACCAACAACAACCCGACAUACGAGAUUCUGGACAAGAAUGGCAAAUCAUCUGGUGUUUCCAUUCCCAUGGAGAUUCUGGUCAAGAACCAACCUUACUACAUGUAUCCUUUUAUGCACCAGCUCAAGGAUGGCUCGCUGUUUGUUUUCGUAUCAAAGUCAUCUGAGCUUUUCAAUGUCGACACCAACACCACGUUGCGAACCUUUGCCGACCUUCCUGGUGACUAUCGCACUUAUCCCAACACCGGUGGCUCGGUUCUUCUCCCGUUGUCUUCUGCAAACGACUGGAAUCCCGACAUCAUCAUUUGCGGUGGUGGCGCAUACCAAGACAUUACUUCGCCGACCGACCCCAGUUGCGGCCGUAUCCAACCUCUCUCCACAAACGCUAAAUGGGAAAUGGACUCAAUGCCUCAGGGACGCGGUAUGGUAGAAGGCACAUUACUCCCCGACGGUACCGUCGUCUUCGUAAAUGGAGGCAACGAAGGUGCUCAAGGCUUUGGACUUGCGCGCGAUCCCACCUUCGAAGCUCUGAUCUACGACCCCACCAAACCACUGGGUCAGCGAUUUACUACUGGUGCCUCAUCGACCAUUCCCCGCUUGUACCACUCCGUAGCUUUGUUGUUGCUUGAUGGUACGUUGAUGGUUGCAGGCUCAAACCCAGUGGAACAGCCCAUCCUCCAACCCACAACCGCAAACCCUUAUGUCACAGAGUUCAGAGUGGAGAUCUACACACCACCCUACCUCGCCGGCGACAAUGCGAACAAACGUCCGACAAACAUGACUCUAUCUUCUACAUCCCUGCAAGCGAACUCCCAGACUUUCGAUGUGGAGUUCACGGUCCCUGCUGGUGCGCAGAAUGUCAAAGUGUCGCUGUAUCAUGGAGGGUUUGUUACGCAUUCUGUGCACAUGAGUCACCGUAUGCUUUUCCUCGAUACGGAGGGUUGGAAGGAUGGAGCUACUCAGCAGACCCUUACUGUCACCAUGCCGCCUAACUCGAAUGUUGCGCCUCCUGGUCCAUAUGUGGUUUAUGUGGUUGUUGAUGGCGUCCCUAGUGUGGGACAAUUCGUGCAAGUUUCCUGA